AUGUCCAAAUAUUCCCAAGGAAGCAAUUGCAGCAAAUCUCAUUUCAUCAGUGAUGAAUGUAGAUGCAGCCUCGAUGCACCAUUGAUGACAUUAUGGACUGAUGCUAACCCAAUAUGUCGUUUAUAUGGACGUGGAAUGUACAAGCUUCAGGGACACAAAAGGUGCAAUCAUUUUGUCUGGUAUGAUGAGGAGAUGACUCCAAGAUCAAAAGAGUUGAUUUCUUCAUUUCAUGAAAGAUUAGGUCUAGAGAAGAUUAAAGUAAAUGAAUGCAAGCACAAAGAGGAUGAAUUGAAGAAGGAGAUCAAGUUUCUGAAAAUCCAGUUGAAGUUUACAAUUGGGUUUAUGAUUGUGUUGUUAAUAGGACUAGUUGCCACAAGUGUACUGAAUUAG